AUGAAAGAAACCCCAAUUAUUAACCAACGAGAAACUGUAAGUCACCUUUGGAAACGUGGUGUCCGUGAUGCCCUAACUUUAGCGAAAAAAAGUGAUCGAUGUGCAUUAGGAAGAAUCAUUACAAAUGACAAGUAUCUUACCUGUGCUGAAAUCACCACAAAACUUCAAUCCAAGGUUGAAAUAUUCACACGAACAAUAAACUGUAAGCUUAAUAAGCUUGGAUAUCAUUCAAAACUUCCAAAAACUGUGUCUCUGCUUUCAGAAAAACAUCGUCUAGCUCGAGUAGAAUGA